AUGUGUGAGGCGUAUAAACCAUUAGAUGUCCCCCAAAGCUUUAAAAACCUCCAUGCUCCCGUCGUCCAGCAAGAAGCACGCUCGCCUUCUUCCCGGCUGGGAGGUUCCCCGGCGUUCACGGAUUCACUCAGAGCCUGGCCCCCCCAACCUCGGGUGUCGGCAGGGCGGCACGCAGGGAGCUGGGUUUCGGUGUCCGGGCCGGGGGGAACACGGGUCCGGUGCCUGCGCUCUGCUCGCUGCUGCCUGUGCCGUGGGGAGCGGGGCCCCGGGAUUCCGGCUGUCUGCCCGGUCCCGUGUCCGGUCGCUGGCGCGGGAGGAGGAAUCCCCAUGGAAUCACCACCGGCCUUUAGCCGGCACAAACUAGGAGGAGGGAGCGGGGAAAGCAUCUUGGUGUCGCAGCUUCAGCACGGGCUGACACUGGAGUUUGAACACAGCGAUUCACCCCGCCGCCUGCGCCUCGUGCUCAGCGAAUUGCUAGCAAUUAUGAAUAAGGUGUCAGAAUCAAAUGGUGAGUUUUUCCUCAAAUCUUCGGAGCUCUUCGAGAGUCCUGUUUAUCUGGAGGAGGCAGCAGACGUUCUCUGCAUUUUGCAAGCAGAGUUGCCGUCACUGUUGCCGAUAGUUGAUGUGGCUGAAGCUUUGUUGCACGUUAAAAAUGGAGCCUGGUUCCUCUGCCUUCUGGUGGCCAAUGUUCCUGAUAGCUUUAAUGAGGUCUGUAGAGGUUUGAUUAAGAACGGUGAACGGCAGGAUGAGGAAAGUGUUGGAGGACGUCGUAGAACAGAAGCACUUCGCCACCUGUGUAAAAUGAACCCUUCCCAAGCUCUGAGGGUCAGAGGCAUGGUGGUGGAAGAGUGUCAUCUGCCAGGUCUUGGUGUGGCUUUGACCUUGGAUCACACUAAAAAUGAAGCUUCAGAUGACGGAGUGAGUGACCUGGUGUGUUUUGUGAGUGGUUUGCUACUUGGAACAAACGCAAAGGUCCGAACUUGGUUUGGAACUUUUAUUCGAAAUGGCCAACAGAGAAAGAGAGAUAAUAUCAGUUCUGUGCUUUGGCAAAUGAGGAGGCAGCUGCUCCUGGAGCUCAUGGGAAUCCUUCCCACGGUUCGCAGCACACACAUUGUUGAAGAAGCAGAUGUUGAUAUGGAGCCAAAUGUGUCUGUGUAUUCAGGACUGAAGGAAGAGCAUGUCGUGAAAGCCAGCGCAUUGUUACGCCUCUACUGCGCUUUGAUGGGAAUUGCUGGGCUGAAGCCAACUGAUGAAGAAGCUGAGCAGCUGCUGCAGCUGAUGACCAGCCGGCCUCCCGCGACUCCAGCUGGUGUCCGCUUUGUGUCGCUCUCCUUUUGUAUGCUUCUGGCCUUCUCCACUCUUGUCAGCACCCCGGAACAGGAGCAGCUCAUGGUAAUGUGGCUUAGUUGGAUGAUAAAGGAAGAAGCUUACUUUGAAAGCAUUUCUGGUGUGUCUGCUUCUUUUGGAGAGAUGCUUCUCUUGGUAGCCAUGUAUUUCCAUAGUAAUCAGCUCAGUGCUAUCAUUGAUUUGGUCUGCUCCACCCUGGGAAUGAAGAUUGUUAUUAAGCCCAGCUCACUCAGCAGAAUGAAGACAAUCUUCACACAGGAGAUUUUCACUGAACAGGUUGUUACGGCCCAUGCAGUUCGUGUGCCUGUCACAGGCAAUCUCAGUGCCAACAUUACUGGGUUUUUACCUAUUCACUGCAUUUACCAGCUUUUAAAAAGUCGAUCAUUCACCAAGCACAAAGUAUCCAUUAAGGACUGGAUCUAUCGGCAGCUCUGUGAAACCACCCCCCCACUCCAUCCUCAGCUGCUUCCUCUUAUUGAUGUCUACAUUAACUCUAUUCUUACUCCUGCAUCUAAAUCCAACCCAGAGGCCACAAAUCAGCCUGUCACGGAACAGGAGAUACUGAAUGUUUUUCAAGGACUCUCUGGGGGAGAAAAUACUCGUCUUGCUCAACGAUACAGCAUCACAACCCAAUUGCUCGUCCUCUACUACGUCCUGUCGUACGAAGAAGCGCUUCUGGCAAACACGAAGAUUCUAGCUGCCAUGCAGAAGAAACCGAAGUCUUACUCUUCAGCAUUAAUGGAUCAGAUUCCAAUCAAGUACCUCAUCCGGCAGGCACAAGGACUGCAGCAGGAGCUGGGAGGUUUGCAUUCUUCACUGUUACGCCUGCUUGCAACUAACUAUCCACACCUCUGCAUUGUGGAAGACUGGAUCUGUGAGGAGCAGAUCACGGGCACUGAUGCCUUACUGAGGAGGAUGCUUCUUACAAACAUUGCGAAGAAUCACUCUCCCAAACAGCUUCAGGAAGCAUUUUCCAUGCUGCCUGGAAAUCAUACCCAGCUGAUGCAGAUCUUAGAACAUUUAACACUUCUCUCAGCUGGUGAAUUGAUCCCAUAUGCAGAAGUAUUGACAUCAAAUAUGAAUCACUUGCUGAAUGCUGGAGUCCCUCGGAGGAUUCUUCAGACUGUCAAUAAACUCUGGAUGGUUCUUAACACGGUGAUGCCAAGAAGGUUGUGGGUCAUGACUGUUAAUGCUCUUCAGCCUUCAGUAAAAAUAGUCCGACAGCAGAAAUACACUCAGAAAGAUCUGAUGAUUGAUCCUUUGAUUGUACUAAGAUGCGAUCAGAGAGUUCACAGGAGUCCUCCUCUGAUGGAUAUAACUUUGCACAUGUUGAAUGGAUAUCUCCUUGCUUCAAAAGCUUACCUCAAUUGUCACCUAAAAGAAACAGCAGAGCAGGACAUUAGGCCAUCCCAAAACAAUGCCAUGGGGCCAGAGGCCCCAGAAGUUACAAGGGAAGAAUUAAAAAAUGCAUUGCUUGCUGCUCAGGACAGUGCUGCUGUGCAGAUUCUUCUAGAGAUCUGCUUACCCACAGAAGAAGAGAAAGCCCAAAGCAGCAAUAUCCAUGGUUUGCUAAAGAGUCUUCCUAGUACCACAGGCCCUAAGAGUCCAGAACUUGAAGAAGAAGAAGAUAGCUUGCUGUGUAAUCUUCGAGAGGUCCAGUGUCUGAUCUGCUGUCUGCUGCAUCAGAUGUAUAUAGCUGAUCCCAACAUAGUCAAACUAGUCCAUUUCCAGGGUUAUCCCUGUGAACUUCUGGCACUGACAGUGGCAGGGAUUCCAUCGAUGCACAUCUGUCUGGAUUUCAUACCCGAGCUCAUUGCCCAGCCUGAACUUGAAAAACAGAUAUUUGCCAUCCAGUUACUUUCAUUUUUGUGUAUCCAGUAUGCGCUACCUAAAUCUCUCAGCGUGGCUCGUUUAGCUAUCAAUGUGAUGGGAACCCUGCUCACGGUUUUAACCCGCUCGAAGCGCUAUGCUUUUUUUAUGCCGACCCUGCCUUGUUUGGUGUCAUUCUGUCAAGCCUUUCCUCCUUUGUAUGAGGAUAUUAUGUCUCUGCUGAUACAAAUAGGACAAGUUUGUGCCUCUGAUGUUGCUACGCAGACAAGAGACUUCGACCCGAUUAUUACACGUCUCCAGCAACUAAAGGAGAAACCACAUGAAGUGUCAGGACUUUGUAAAGAUCCAUUUAACAAAAGUUGUUCAAGGGACAUUGCAAGCAUGGACCCUGAUGUUCGGUUAUGCCAGUGUGUUGAAAAUACUAUCAUUGAAAUAAUUAACAUGAGCGUAAGUGGAGUUUAAGAAGAACGCAAAUAGGAUUGUUCUGUAUCUAGUUCCACAGUCUAUGGGGUGUAAAUUUGGAGAAAGCUGCAAAAGUGGGCAGAGGGACUGGAGCACAAGAAGUCCAUGGUUUUCAUUCAUUCAAUUCGGUUAUGGCUGGAAAGGAAGAAUUCUUUAAAGACGCUUACAUUGC